CCCCACGCACGCGUCCAUGCAUAUAUCAUCUCUUCACUAUCAUCGUCUCAUCACCCCGGCCCUUAGCUUGACGGCACAUUUCUAAACCAUAAUAAACGUACCCAACAUUACAUGGAAGACCACGGCGCCGGCUGCCACCCCGCCCUGCUCCACGGCGGUCAGGCGGCGUUUGCUUACGGCGUGUGGGACGCCACGCCCCUGGCCGCCUUCGACGCCGACGGCCGCGGCGACCAGCAGCCGCUGGACGAGUGCUUCGCGACAGCGUCGGAGCUCCGGGAGGCGCUGCUCCGCGCGCUGAACGAACUGGACGCGGUGCGUGGAGCGCACCAGGCGGAGCUCCGGCGCGUGGAGUCCGAGGCUGCGCGACUGGUGGCGUCCGCGGCCGCCGAGCGCGACGAGCUCCGGCGCCACUGCCACUCCCUCCUGGUCCUCCUACACCACCACCAGACCAGUCCUCCGCUCCAGAGCCUCCCCGGCCCUCCGCUACUCCAUGCAGUCGGCGUUCAGGGAGGAGGAGAAGGAGUAUGCGCCAUGGACGAGCACGUGACGGUGGUGUCGUCCAACGAUCAGCAGGAGGAGGAUGCUGAGCUGGAGAUGGCGCUGGCGCGGAGGUUGCCGGAGAAGGGACGGCUAGUGGAGGCCGUAGUUUCAGCAGGCCCGCUCCUGCAGACGCUCCUCCUGGCCGGCCCGCUCCCGCGUUGGCGCCACCCGCCGCCGCCCGCCCCGGCCGACCUCGUCAUACCGCCGUUCAACCCCGGCCGCCAGGCCGACGCCACCAACUACUCAUUCUCGUCCGCGUCCUCUUCUUCGCCGGAGAGCAACUGCAGUGGCGGUGGCGUCGGGCCGGCGCCGCCAGUGCCAGCAGUACAGCAGCAGCAUCACGCGCUCCCCGUCCCCGCCUGCUUCCACAUGAUGGGCUCUUCCUUCUGCAUGUAGCCACUAAUUUACAUGGUUUGUCAUUAGCUAACGUGGUACUUACCAACUACUCAUAUGCAGCAUAGUAGUACUGCACAUAUAUAAAUUAAUUAAGGUUGGGUUGGGAUUAGUACAGUAUAGCUACUAGUACUUGGCUCAUCCGCUCGUUGGAUUAGUAGGAUGAUCAGUAAUAUGCCAGUGGUUGAAUAAUUAUCUGUGUGUGAUUAAAAGGUGGUAAAGAUGCCACUUUUGGUACGUAGAUCUAGCACGGAGAUGUCGAGUGUCAGUGAGAAGAUAUGAACAAUAAU